UGCAGAUAAACGGAGCGUGACGACGGAGCGAGAGGGAGUAUGACGAGCGUUUGAUUUCUUUUUGCAGUGUCGUUGGGCGAAACAGCGUGGGACAGAGAUCACGAUCGAGACCGGAGCCGGGAGAGGAACCGAGAGCGCGAGCGCGAGAGGGUGCGCGAGAGGAGCCGCGAGAACGAGAGGGAAUGCCAGCCCUCCGAGAGGGAGCGAGAGCCCGGGAUCAGGGAGAGGGAGACGCGGGAUCGGGAGAGAGAACGAGAACGAGAACGCGACAGGGAUCGGCGGGAGCGGGAGAGGGAGCGGGACGUGUCGGUGCGAGUGAUGGAGCCGCCCGAUUCUGUCUUCGUUUCCUCGUCGGCGGCCCUCCUCGCGUUGCAGAGGAUAAAGGAAGCGUCUUUCGUGUUCCACAAACGCCCGACGCUAGCGACCGGCAUCGGACUGGGUGGUAGAGGAAACGCCGGCGUCGGCGGAAACGGCGGUGGUUUGGGUGUCGACAGCGAGUGCGGUGACGCGCUGAAGAGACGCAAGGUUCACAGAUGCGAUGUACCCGGCUGCGACAAGGUUUACACGAAGAGCUCGCACCUCAAGGCGCACAAGAGGACCCACACCGGCGAGAAGCCGUACCAGUGCACGUGGGAGGGCUGUACGUGGAAAUUCGCACGAUCGGACGAGCUAACGCGGCACUAUCGCAAGCACACGGGCCAAAAGCCGUUCAAGUGCCAUCUCUGUCAGCGAUCGUUUUCGCGGAGCGAUCACCUGUCGCUGCACAUGAAGAGGCACUGAUGAAGAGAGCCGUAGAAGUAGGAGUAGGUGGAGAAAGAGGAAGAAGAGAAGGAGACGAAGGAGGACCGUCUAGGCGCUGCCGCCGCGACGCGUCGCGACGCGACAGAACGAAGCGCCAGAGCCGCAGCAGCGAUCCUCGGCAAUCGAUCCUGAUCCCGAGUGAUCCUAGACGAGACAGACAGGGAGAGGAGAUGGACGACGAUGAUAUUUUCUUACAUUUGGGACCUGAAGAGCCGCGCCGCGAGCCGGCCCGUGCCGUGGUGUGUUGCGCACGGCCGGCCGGGCGGGCAGCAACUAGGGAAAAGAGAAGUAUAAUAGAUCGACGAGGAGAAGUUAUAAAGCAAUUCGUUCGUUAGUUUAAGCGCUUAAUCGCGAGCCGAGCGAUCGCGACGCCGGCGACAUCUCGACGGCUCUCGAGAACGGUCUAGAGCGAUCGUGCGCGAUCUCUCACGGUGCUGUCUCUCCCGCGAGACUUCUUUCGACUUUCGGCGACUCGUCUCUCUCGUCGCACGUCGGGCGAUCGCGAGGCGAUCGCCUCGCCUGGCAAAAAGGACGAUCGAAAGUGGCGGCCGCGCGACAAUCGGAUUCGCGCUACGUCCGAAGCUUACGGAAGCGUCGCGUCGGACGCGGAUGAGGAGCGGGGGUGGGGGGAGGGGGGGUUGACGUAAACGUCGCACUUGCCCCCGACGAUCGCUUCGCGACUUCGCGACGCGGCCAGGAUCCGCGCUUGUUGCGCGGCCGAGAUCGCGGCGCGACGAGACGAGUAUUGUUUACACGUGUAAUCUGUGCUCCUCCGUUUCUAGCCAAUUUCCACUCGCUCGACUAUCCACUGUUUCUUCUCUCUCCCUCCCCACCCCUUCUUAUCCUUCCUUCCCUUUUAUCCUCUUUCCUCCUCUCCGCUUCUUUCCUCUUUCUUUUUUCUCGUUUCUCGUUUUUCGUACGUUUAAGUAAGUCCAGCUCAACUAGUCUAGAGCAUCAUAUAUCGAAUCCACAUCGUGAGGAGAAUAGAGCCAGUAAAUGAAUUAAUCGACUAAGGCAAUUAAUAAACGACUAGGAUGUAAAUUACAGAGUUAAUAUCGAACUCCGGUGACGGAGCUUGGGACUUAGCAUGCUCAGUUAAAUAAACUACAAUCGUGAUCGUAGACACGCUAUAUCGUGAAGCAUUAUAUAUUAUUAUAGCGAUCCUUCGAUUAUGCACAAAGAAUUUCGCGUUUAGGGACGGACAAUCAUCGACCUUUCAUUGUGCGUGCUAACGAAGCGGGGGUUUUCUUUAUCUUCAUUGGAAACGAACGUUCUCGACAUCCCGAAAGCCAGUAUUACGACCGCGUACGAAGAAGCAAUACGUAUCGGCGACGUCGCGACGCCACAGUCGCGCGCGCGCGUUCGUUCUUCGAGAUCCCCGAGUUAGUCGCGAAAGGCGCUUUUCCUUUCUCUCGAUCGCGUUCGCGGAUCGUCGGAGUUUCGAUUCUUACGUAAAGGUGCCAAAGUAGAAGGUGCAAUCGCGACGAUGUCGUUCAAUGAAAUACUUGGUGCUUUACGAGGAAGCACAAGCGCAUAAUCGAGCUGAUAAAUUUUUAUUCCCUUCUAACGCGCGCUUCUUGAGAUGUUCGAUCCUGACCGUAUUGCGCGGUCAUUGCGUUCCGACGCGAGCAACCACGUCGUCGACGACGAUCGGUAUCCUGGGGGAGAAGCUCUCGACGUAAAGAUCCGCGGNG